AUGAAUUAUGGGAUACCUGCGUCAAACGCAUUAAAAAUUUCAAUAGCGUGCUCACCAUACAGUCUGCCCACAUACCGCGUUAUAAGCAGAGGAUAUCAUGUAUCAUCAUGCAGAUUCAGACCCCUCCUCGAGCCGCGACUAGAGGACCAUGGGAGAGUCAUUCGCGAUGAAUACUCAAUUGUCCGGGAUCACUAUUCUGCUCCCAAACACCCUGUCGUUCUCGCCCAUGGUUUACUCGGGUUCGACGAAUUGCGCCUUGGGGGCCCGUAUCUUCCGGGUGUUCAGUACUGGCGUGGUAUCAAAGAAGCUUUGAUGGCACGGGGGAUCGAAGUUAUUAUAGCUACAGUUCCCCCUUCUGGUACCAUCGAGGAUCGAGCAAAAGAACUAGCUCGAGAUAUCGAAGCGGGCGCACGAGGAAAGGAUGUUAAUAUUAUUGCGUAUUCAAGUGGUCUUGAUUCGCGAUACAUGAUUAGUCGCAUUAGACCAGAGAAAUUCAAAGUUUUGUCAUUGACUACUAUUGCAACACCGCAUCGAGGCUCAUCUGUGGCGGACUAUGUAUUUGAUCAAAUUGGGGCCGAUGUCCUACCGCAGAUCUACUACGCCCUGAAUCGAAUGAGAGUUGAGACAGGCGCAUUCUCACAAUUAACUCGCAAAUAUAUGAUUGAAAGCUUCAACCCGAAUACCCCAGACGUGGAAGACGUCAGAUAUUUUUCCUACGGUGCAGCAGUCCAACCAAGUUUCUUCUCCGCAUUCCGACUAUCCCAUCGAAUCCUCGAACAGUACGAAGGCCCAAAUGACGGCCUAGUCAGUGUUGCCAGCAGUCGCUGGGGAGGUGAAGCAGGAUACAAAGGAACCUUGAUGGGCGUGAGCCAUCUCGACCUAAUCAACUGGACCAAUCGACUCAAGUGGCUAGCUGGGGAGAUAACAGGUAACAAACGGAAGUUUAACGCCAUCGCUUUUUAUUUGGACAUUGCAGGUAUGUGUCAGGGUUGUCUCAAAGAAGCCCCGCCAGGGCUCGGGCGCUCCGCCGCCAUGUCCGCAAAUAUCGUUUUGGACAGCCGCCAUACCCAUUACACAAACUUGGACUUUUUGACGGGAAAGGUGGUGCUUCAGCUCCCGACUGAAGCGGCUAUCGGGGGGAUCCAGGUCAAAUUGGAGUGUGAGAGUCGCACUCGUCUAUCUGGGCCUAAGAACCCCCAGAAUGUGCACUCGGAUAAAAAGAGGACCGAGCUUGAGGUUCACAAGAUACUCUACAAGGUUGCUACCGUCUUUCCCACGCCGGGUGUGAUGCAGAAUGGGUCUCCUGCACCUUCAUAUACUUUUGCGGCAGGGAGUUACGAAUAUCCAUUUCAAUUCAAGUUCCCCUUUAAUAAUUCAUGCAACAGCACCAACAGCAUGCUCACCAAUCUAAACUUCUCUGGGUUGAAAGUCGAAGUAGCCAAAGACACCAACCGACAUGUCAGAAAGACCCUCCCGCCAUCGUUGAGUGGAUUCCCAGGCGAAGCAGAUAUCAAAUACUUCGUCAAGGCCACCGUUAUUCGGCCACAAUUUUACAAAGAAAACAUCAGAUCUAUUGUGCCUCUAAAAUUUCUCCCGAUUGAACCGCCAAGGAUUGGAAACCCCAACGAGGAAACCUACGCCAGGCGACAGCACCAAUUCUCUAAAAUUCAGGCUGGGCCCAAGAAGAAAAGUUUAUUCUCACGGGCAUCUGACCACCCCACAGCAGAGCCUCCCAGAGUAUCCGUCGAUGCUCGACUUCCAAACCCGUCUAUUCUCACUUGCAAUGAACCCGUUCCGCUUCGUCUCCUUGCUAAAAGACUGAACAACGGACCCGACAUCAUCUUCCUUCAAAUGUUACAGGUGGAGCUAAUUUCUUACACCAAAAUUUUGGCCCAAGAUCUCACGCGCACCGAAAGCGGCUCCUGGGUUGUUAUGAGUCGCAGCAACAUGAAUAUACCGUUAGGCAAGCCCGAAGAUCCCAUAGGCACUGAUUGGACUAUUGACCCAGGCCUCUGGAAUCGGUAUCCCCUACCUAACUCGGUGGCACCUUCUUUUGAAACAUGUAACAUCGAAAGAUCUUACGAGCUGGAGGUCCGCGUAGGUCUGACACAUGGGAAUACCCGAGAGAUGAAGCCCCAACUCAUCGUUCUUCCCCUCCGAAUGCCAGUCAAGGUGUUCUCAGGAAUCGCACCCCCACAGGCCCUCCUAGACGCAAUGGCCGCAGCAUCCCUCCACCCAGGCAAACUAAAACCCGAAGCCAGCAUUCCAGCAGAAAACGAAAACAUCCGACCACCCAUGCCACCCCGACCCAGCGGCGAGCCCGUCCCCGUCAACUCAGGUGACGCUUACGACACUGAGGAGGCCCCGCCCAGCUACGAGGAUGCCAUGGCAGACCAUCUAAGCCCAGUAGACGGGCCCCGCCGCGAGUAUCACCCACCAGACGCCUCCCAUCCCAUGGAAUCUGGAACUGAUGCCAAGUCCGCAGCCCAGCAGGGUGACGGGCCCGCGGCAGAGGGAUCUUCGGCGCCCCGCCGUCGCAAUAACCGCGCUUCCUCGGAGUCCUUCGAUAUGUUACCUACCACGCCGCCAGAAUCCCCUUCGCCUCGCUCGGAGUCCCCGGUGCUACGACCAGGAAGCAUGAUGAAGAUUUCGCACAAUCCCGUUGACGAUGAAAGUCCACCGCAGUACGAGCCCGUCACUAGCUCUCAGGCUCCUCCGGCCGCGCAGCGUCAGGCUUCCGGGAGUAAUUCUCGGCCUAUGAAUCUGGGUGUUCCGAAUCGGAAACCUGUACCAGGCAGUCCGGCUAAUCGCGGUCAUUGA